AUGUCGCACGUGCGUGCACAGCUGCAGCACAUCAUGCAUCCAGGACAGCAUCCGAGUCCAGCUGGCUCCUGCCAGGAAGAGGAUGACAGCUGCAGUGAUUAUGGGAGUCAUGACAAACUAGGCACCGUUUUAGGAAGGUUUGUGCCAAAUGGGAAUGUGCUUUUCCCAGACACCUUCGAAACAAAUCACCUUUUGUUUUAUGAGAGAUUUAAAGCGUAUCAAGAUUACAUCUUGGCUGACUGCAAGGCCUCUGAGGUAAAAGAAUUCACAGCUGAGUACUUGGAGAAGGUCCUUGAACCAUCUGGAUGGCAAGCAAUCUGGCGCACUAAUGUGUUUGAGGUGCUGGUUGAGGUGGAAGAUGUGGAGUACUCGGCUCUGAAGGCGGUGGUGCGACUUGGGGAGCCUUUCCUGUGUGAAUCCUCCACUAGCACCUUUACCCUGGAGUGUAUGCAGGAGCUCUUGAAGCUGAAAGAACAUCGGGUACCGUUGCUGGAGCUGUGGAUGGUGUAUGACAAAUCGGGGGAGUUUGAUCAGACAGCACUGGCCAUUGAGCAUGUUAGGUUUUUCUACCAGUACAUCUGGAGGAGUUGGGAUGAGGAAGAUGACGACGAUUUUGAUUAUUUUGUCAGAUGUGUUGAACCUCGAUUGAGACUAUAUUAUGACAUCCUUGAACAUCGUGUCCCUUCUGGGCUUGUUGCUGAUUAUCACAACCUGUUGUCUCAAUGUGAGGAGCUCUACAAGAAGUUCCUAAACCUGAGGAAUAGUAUAUCUAGCAGUGAUUCUGACUCAGAGGCAGAAAAUGUCUCCAUGGUGGAAGGGCUAAAACUGUACAAUGAGGUGGAACAUCUGAAGCAAAAGCUAAAACUCAUUGAGAAUCCUCUGCUGAGGUAUGUGUUUGGUUAUGAAAAGCACACUGGCCUCCAAGCCAAGGGCACACGUCCAACAGGUACCAAGAUCACUCACGUUGUGUCCUCUACCAUGAUGUCAAGUCUGCUGCACUCCCUGCUCAGGGACAAGCUUUAUCCUGAGCCCCCUGAUGAAGAACUAGAAAUACAGUUCCAUAGUGAUCUGUUGACAGCUGUGAAUGCCUGCUAUGAAGGGGACACGGUCAUAAUCUGCCCUGGUCAUUACAUUGUAGAUGGCAUGUUCUGCAUUGCUGACUCCAUUGAACUGGAAGGUUAUGGUCUGCCAGAUGAUAUUGUCAUAGAAAAACAAGGGAAAGGAGACAGUUUUGUUGACUGUUCAGGGGCCAAUGUAAGAAUCUCUAAUUUGAAGUUUGUUCAGCAUGAUGCAGUGGAGGGAGUCUUAAGUGUCCACCAUGGGAAAACUACCCUGGAGAACACUGUAUUACAGUGUGAGACUACAGGUGUUACAGUGCGAACAUCAGCUGAGCUGUUAAUGAAAAAUUCUGAUCUGUAUGGUGCCAAGGGUGCUGGUGUUGAGAUAUAUCCAGGUAGCACAUGUACCUUGAUAGGCAAUGGCAUACACCACUGCAGGGAAGGAAUCCUUAUAAAGGACUUCUUAGAUGACCAUUAUGACUUACCCAAGAUAACUAUGGUGAAUAAUGUGAUCCAUAACAAUGAAGGGUAUGGAUUUGUUCUGGUAAAACCAACAAUUCCUUCUGAUGUGAAAGACAAUCCUGCAGAAAGAUUAGAAGAAAAUAUACAAAAUACCCAGUCAGAUGGUGAAAUGGACAACGUCAGAGGCUUGGGACCUGAAAAGCUGUGCGAAUGUGCAUCCAAUGAAAUGGAGCUUUAUGAGAGAACUGAGAUUUCUGGACAAACCGAAGGCAAUUAUGAAAUUGCGAACGAACUUGGUGCUACCUCUGCAAAGAAAAGCCAGAUGCACAAGAAAAGGCUGAGUGAACUGGGAAUCACAGAGGCUGAUGACAACUUAAUGUCUCAGGAAAUGUUUGUUUCUAUUGUGGGCAAUCAGUUCAAACACAAUGGGAAAGGAAGUUUUGGCAUAUUCCUUUUCUGACUCCCUCCCUUGGAAUGCCAUUGCAGUAUCUGAUUUGCACAAGCUAUUAUGUUCACUCUUGCUUUCACAGGUUUUAAUAUGACUCAUCUGCCUUCCAUGAUGUCUAUCGAAUGUGAUUAAUUCAGGCGUAUUUAUUUUUUUAAACAAUGUUCAUAUUACACAUCAUGAAAUGGCUAUGUUGUCCGAACUUGGACAACGCAGUGGGUGAAUAUAACUCCAGUCUGGAAGCCUAGUGUGGAGAGGGCAAAUUGAAAAGCUUCCCUUUUACUAGCAAUGUACCCCAUUUUUACCAUAAUAUUUAUUUAACUUUAAAUGUAAAGCGCUUUAAAAAAUGUAGGCACCAGAAAUUAGAGUGGACAGUCAGUGCAAAAGCUGAGUGUAUAGCUCUGUCCAUGAUGUUUCUUACACACAAGUUCAUUUGAUUUUUUUUUUCCAUAUAACACUGCCAGUGCUUCAUUCUUGUAAAUAAAAACUUUUUUUUUACAAUUAGGAAAUUUGCACACUUAUUUAGUAGGAAACCUACACUUGUGAUAUACUGUUUACAAGAUUGAUUAGGAAACCUAUGAAACAUCUGGAAAGAUGGUAUUUUUCCAUGCUAGAUGUAAAUUUUCACAGCAACUUUGUAGUCCCUACUGCUGGUGGUGUCUGUAGAGCUUUUCUUAAGCCAUAGUGUGCUCUAAAUGAAUUGUAGUGAGUUCCAAAAGAGAAGAAUGCAAAGUACAUGCUUGUAUCUUUCUCUGCAAUAGUCUUGUUGUAUCUUGAGAUGGUUUUCACACAUGCCAUGUGUUGACAAUAGACCAAUUUUUGGUACAUCAUAGAAAACAGAAUCUCUCCAAACCAUAGAAAUACUUAUCAGCAUAACAAAGGCAAAGCACAUCAGGUCUGAUCUUGUAAGACUUGAAGUUUUCUUAAUAUUCCAUAAGGUGAAUAGUUAUAGGAUCAGA